AUGGUUAAAUGGGCUUCAUUAUUGACUCAGACUGAUCGUCCUUCUAUGACUCUUAAAGUUAGAGGAAGGACUUUCUCAGGUCUAGUAGACACGGGGGAUGAUAUUUUAGUAAUAGCCUCCCAGCAUUGGUCUAAUACCCGGCCCAUGCAAGCAACCUCUAGUUCGGCAGAAGGAAUAGGUUUUGUGAUGGCAGAAGAAAUUCGACAAAGUAGUGUGCUACUUAAAUGUGAGGGACCAGACGGAUUAGAAGGAGUUAUCCAGCCUUUCAUCUUAAAUACCCCCAUUAAUUUUUGGGGAAGGGAUCUCUUGCAACAAUGGGGAGCUGAGCUAAUCAUCCCAUAA